AUGUCAUCAUUUUCUCAUAAUAUGCAGAUGCCGCCAGAGGGAAAGUCUUUGACAAACUUACCGUUGAACCUGUUAUUCCGAAUAUUAUCACACCUGAAAAUGAAUGAUCUGCAAAGCAUAGGGAAGACUUGCACUUUAUUGAGAAUGCUGGCGAAUGAAAACAUCGUUUACAGAAAUGCUGUUAUCGGCUCAAACGGCAACAUGUGGUGGACAAAAAAUGUUCUUGUUGACGUUUUUGAUGUCUUAAACAUUAACAGAAAGGCAAUGCUAACGCUGAAUAAUCAUAAAAUUUCCGUGGUGGCAUCAUUAAGAAAUGUUCAGCAAAAAUAUAAACUGGGCAUGCUAGAUCCGGCCAAGAAAUCAAUAGGUUAUAAGACCAAUGAAGUCGAAGGUGAAAAUGGUGUCUCUGCCAAAAAUCCAAAUUUACAUUCAAGCAAGCGCACAGAAACAUCAAAGGAGCGACUUGCUCGUAUGGCAAUACUGCAAGGAAUGAAUCAGUUUAUUGAACUGAAUGAUAAGACAUUUCUGACACAUUCAGCAGACUCUGACGACACAUACAUAGAUGAAAAUAAUGAUGACAUACAUUGCCUUCAUGAGUUGGAAAAGAACACUACCUUUGAGGAAGCCCUGAUCAGGAAACCAUCCUUCACCCCAUCUCCAACAUUUUCUAAUUAUUCUGGAAGUUCUACAAAUUCAGUAUUUUCUACUUCUUCUCCCAAGCUACUGGACGAUGACUGGAAUGACAGUACAACUGAUUUCACUAAAUCGCGAGAGCAUGAUUACAAAGAAGCAACGCCUUCGUCUACCAAAUCAUCUGAUUCCAUCAUGAGGCUGAGAAAAUCUAGCAAAGUCAAGGACAAAGCAGAAUUAUUUGAAAAAUUGAUGUUUAGAGAUAGCAGACCAUCAAAAACCAAAAAAAAGGAUAGUCCAAGAGUGAAGUUAUCCAGUUCGUUAAGUAUUCAUGACGAAGACUUUAGAAAAAUUAUAUGUCCUCCAUCUGAAGUUCUACCGAAAGUUAACCAAAGAAGUUUCUCAAGGGGUUACUUAGAGGAAAUUGAUAGGCAUGAUCUUGACCAUGCCAAUGAGCAGGUGAAUUCUUCAGCGAUAAAAAGAAUAAAUAGUAGAAAAAUAGCGGAUUAUGAACAACUAAUACAAAGAGAAAAUAGUCCUGAUAGUAAAAAAGUAUCAGAGAAAAAUGAUGAAAACAAACUUCAGAGGAGUAAUACCUCUCCAGUAAAAGAAAUGUCAAAAUCCCACCACAGGAGCAAAUUAAAGGCCGUUGUUACUAAUGAUAGUAAAAUUUGCUAUCGGAAAAUCGAUUUGGAUAAUUCGAAUAACUCAAACGCGGAUGAUCGUGUAAUUAAACAACUUGAUGCCAAUACUAACUCUAAUAUAUAA